GGUAGCGCCCGUAGAAUUAAUCUAGCUUCUGCUCAAGGAACCCUCUUCUACAGCCAACAAAAGAAAGAACAUCUUGUAUAUCCACUAUCAUACAUAUUAUCGACGAGCUGUUUUUACCAAACAGCGAUAUAGUAGCACUUGAUUGAGUCGAAAACGAGUAUUGUCAAACUGGUCGUUCGAAAUGGGAUGGUAUUUUGCUGAAGGUUGACAACAAGAAUGUAUCGAUAGGCCUUAUUGAAUUCUCUGGUGGUAUCAAGUCCAAUGCAAUUGCUAGUAAAGAGAGAUCAGACAUUGAGAAACUGUACACGAAUAUGUUAGCCAUCGUUAACAAAAUUUCUAAGGACGUUCCCAAAAAGUUUUUCAGUGCAAGAUGUUAUGAUAAUACUAUUUAUUUCGAAGAGCUUUUCAUGCACAAAGACAAAUGCAUCCGCCAAAUCCAUUCAUCCUUUAAAUCCCCAACUACAAUUCGAUUGGUAAUUGAAUACGUUUCUCAUAUUCCAAAGCUACUCCAAUGGAAAGAGGCCGUUAUCAAUCAAUGUUUAAAUUUCCAGAAGUAAAAUAUGUAUAGAUAUAUAACUAUUAUGAGGGUAAACUGGUCAUACGUUCCAAUAACCUGUUGAGAUGUUUAGUAGUCCUGACAGAUGGAGGAGCC